UGCAUAUGCAUUACGUCGGCAAAACGACUGGGGUUCUUCCCCCAAAUGAAAAGGCAGGGUAAUAUAAUAAUAAUUUCACAAAAAUUAAACUUUCAAACGUUCUGAAAUUCAAAUCAGAAUCAGAUAAAUUUGUGAGAUUUUUCAGAUCGAAAAUGGAGAUUGAUUCGUCUCCGAUAAGUCGUUGCUCCAAAGAGAACCAGAAGAUCUAUCAAGAAUGGUUUUCCUUCGCCGAUUCAGACGGAGAUGGGCGACUGACCGGAGCCGAUGCUACCAAGUUCUUUGCCAUGUCCAAUUUGCCUCGUCAUGAUCUCAAACAGGUGUGGGCAAUUGCGGAUUCCAAAAGGCAAGGUUUUCUUGGUUUUAAAGAGUUUAUCACGUCAAUGCAGUUGGUCUCCUUGGUACAAGCUGGGCAUGCUAUGACCAAUGACAUUAUAAAUGCUGAAGUUGACUUUGAGCACUUGCAACCUCCAACCAUGGAAGGUCUGGAUGUUCUCCUAGCUAAGAGAAAGCGUACACCUAAAAGUGAACACGAACAGAAUGGUAGUUCUCAAGUGCAAACGUCUCCUUCAGCUAGUUGGUUUACUUCUUCAAAAUCUGCAAAGAAGGUUUCUCUGGCCUCUGUUACUUCGAUAAUUGAUGGUUUGAAAAGGUUGUAUGUUCAGAAGCUGAAGCCACUGGAAGUUACUUACAGAUUUAAUGAUUUUGUUUCCCCCUUACUUGCAAAUAGUGAUUUUGAUGCUAAACCAAUGGUGAUGCUUUUGGGUCAGUAUUCCACUGGGAAGACAACAUUUAUUAAACAUUUGCUCAAAACUAGUUAUCCAGGAGCUCACAUUGGACCAGAGCCUACUACAGAUAGAUUUGUUGUUGUCAUGAAUGGACCAGAUGAAAGAAGUGUUCCAGGGAAUACAAUUGCUGUUCAAGCAGAUAUGCCAUUUAGCGGUCUGACGACUUUUGGAACUGCAUUUUUGUCAAAAUUUGAGUGUUCUCAAAUGCCACAUCCUCUUCUGGAACAUAUUACUUUUGUGGAUACUCCUGGAGUGUUAUCAGGAGAAAAACAACGAACUCAAAGAAGCUAUGACUUUACUGGUGUAACAUCUUGGUUUGCUGCAAAGUGCGAUCUCAUCCUGUUGUUGUUUGAUCCCCACAAACUUGAUAUAAGUGAUGAAUUCAAACGUGUCAUUGCAUCUUUGCGAGGUCAUGAUGAUAAAAUACGUGUGGUUUUGAACAAGGCAGACCAAAUUGAUACGCAGCAACUUAUGCGGGUAUAUGGAGCUUUAAUGUGGUCCCUUGGCAAAGUGCUGAAUACUCCUGAGGUCAUGCGUGUUUAUAUUGGAUCUUUUAAUGACAAGCUUAUUUAG